UGUGACCACUGAUAAGCAAAAACAAUCCAGUGAAGAACCGAACGCAAACGACACACGAAGUGAAUCUUGUUUUUUUGCCAAAAAAGUGACAAAAAAGUGCAAAAAUGGUUUCGGUGCAGACGAUAGCGACGAUCACAGUGAAAGUGUUCAAAAUUGUCCUGAACAUCAUCAUCCUGGUCCUCUACCGCACGGGCUACAACGGAGAGUUCCUCGGCGUCGGCGGCACAUGGAACCUCAACGAGGAGAAGAAUCCAGACGCCGAAAUCGUAGCGUCUGGCGUCAUUGUCGGCUACCUUAUAUACACGCUGGUGCAAUGUGUGACAUUCUUCUUCGGUACCACAGAGCACAAGAGGGCCCUCUCUGAGAUCGUGAUGAACUUCGUGGGCGUAUUCCUGUGGAUCGCCGUGGGUGCCGUGGCGCUGCACUACUGGGGCGGGUACCAGGGAGAGCACCAGUACCAGUUCGUCUUCGCUGAGAAACAGGUGGGUUUAGCAGUUGGUGCCCUCUGCGUCAUCCAAGGAGCGGUCUACCUUCUAGACACGGCGCUUUCCGUCAUACAUUUCACGAAAGAGAUGUAAACAAUAGUCUUAACUAUAUCUUAUCUAAUAUAAAAGUAUAGUCUAAGUGCUCAGCUGUCGAAAAUAUUUAUCGGUAGUUUUCUUUUUUUUAUUUGUUUGCAAAUAUGAUUUAGCUCUCCAAACGUUUCAUAUUUUCCCACCUAUUAGUGUGCAUUUUUUGUUAAGUAAAUAAUAUCGAUGGUGUUAUUCUUGACGGAAAUCGUGGAUUUUAAUAUUUUCCCAUUUAAGAUUUUUAUAAUUCUACUGUAGAUACCACCAAUAUUUUGUGUGUAUUUUCUAGUUAAGUUAUAUUUAGCAACUAUUUUGAAAUAAAUAUAAUUUAAAACGA